AAAAGUCGCGCGCGCUGCACCAGCGGGUUACAUUCUCGCUCUGAUAGUAGAAACUCACAAGACUCUCCACCGAUACACUUCAAAGGAAGAAACUUGCGAGCACAGGACUGGAAAGCCUGCACAAGUUAAAGAACCGCCAUGGCUUCUCUUGCCAUCCCUAUAGCUCUGCUCGCCCUGUCUCAGCUUGGCAACGCUGCCAAUGACUAUUCUAAGCUUGUUACAGCACGCUGCGACAACGCCCCGAAUGUGGACUGGACAGAUAGCAUCAAUGCCUUACUUCGCCGGAUACCGGAGACUAUUACAAUACCAAGCCACACAGAGAAGACAUGGAUUGCAGGAUUUAAAACCUCUUCAGUCGAAGUGACCGGCCUUGGAAGUCUGUGGGCCUACAAGCCACCCCAUAGCUUCUGCUUCGGCAACCGUACCAUGAUUGAAGCUGUGGUGUUUGCCGACGACCUUCUGGCGAUGAACACGGAGUGGAAGAGCUGCACCGGAGGCAGCGGAAAAUUAGGAACAAGGGUUUCUACCAGCAAGAUGCGCAUCUUCUUUGAGUCUGAUCCAACACCUGAGGACCCUUACCGGGUUCGGCUGCAAAACAUCAAACCCGACAGCCUUGACGACCCCCAGUUGUACAUGACAGGAUUGAGCCCAGCAAUUACUGGUUUCGUGGAAGCUCUCGGAAUCGUAGGUAUGCCCCACCUGCAGCUGUUCUGGAGCAGAUUCUUGCGUAUUGAUGUGAUGUACCUUAUUAGAGACAGCCUCAAGAUCUAAGGAAAACUUGCCAAUACAAACACAAUACUUGGUCCCCAAAAUAUGAUAAAAUACAGUUUGUUUACUUGAUGCAAUUUUCAUUUUAUUUGAAGUAACUUCAGGCGCAACAUGAGGAGCUACGUCAUAGAUGUAAACUGUAUUCACUACCAUGUGAAAAAAAUAUCAGUGAGGCGUCAUCUAAUGUGUGUCGCAACAUUGUUGUAACAGAAAUAAAGCUAUGUUGUCUCCUGAAUAUUGCGAUUUCACUUUUUGUUGGGUGAUGAAUUACUGGAUACAGAAUGACUAGAGUUGGACACGAUGGCAAAGCAGUGACACGAGGUUAUUUCAAUCAAUCAAUCAAUCAAUCAAUUAUUUAAUCAUCGAGUUUAUUUACAUCGUGUAGAUGUGACCAUGUAUUUGAGCAUGGCUCUCCGAAACAGAAGUGACAAAAUUCACGCCUAUUGCAGUUACCUUGAAUUACUCAAAUCUUUAGCCGUGCGCUUACCUAACUUAUUCUUGUG